AAUUUUUGCCAUCAGAUGUCUGUUUGUUUAUAUGCCGAUUCAUUUCAUUCGUCCGUACAAGUAAAUGUCACUAAUUUGCCAAAAAGCAAUACUUUUUUCAACAACGAUAUGCGUUGCUGGGCGACAACGAGUAUCUUGGCACUUCCUUCCCAAGACUGCUCGCAGAGGUUGGCAACGUAACCUUGUCUCGAGAUCACUUCAUCUCCAGCAUCGUCCCGAAAUGGAACCCGACAGUGAUGAACAGCAGAGAACGGAACUGUUAACGACCCUUGAAAAUUUCAGAUGGCUCGGAAGUAAAACCCCUUGUUUCCCUGUGAACGGAAAUAAGGUUCGAGUUUUGUCUGAUCCUGAAGAUUUCUACAAAACACUUAUUGAAAAGACUAGUCAAGCAAGUCAAAGAGUCACUUUUGCAUCCUUAUAUCUUGGAACAGGAAAUCAUGAAAAUGAGCUUGUAAAAACAAUUGAAAGUACUUUGAAGAAAAACUCUGGCUCCAGCCUGAAAGUUCGAAUUCUGUUGGAUGCAACAAGAGGCUCUAGAGGUGCCCAAUUCAAUUCCCGUACAAUGCUGCUUCCCUUAGUUCAGUCCUACAGCCAGCAGUGUUCAGUCCAUUUUUAUCACACUCCAGCACUUAGAGGAUUAUUAAAGAAAAUUCUCCCAGAAAGAUGGAAUGAAAUUAUUGGCUUGCAACAUAUGAAGAUUUACAUAUUUGACGAUUCCUUAUUAAUCAGUGGCGCAAAUUUAAGCCACGAUUACUUCACAAAUCGGCAAGAUCGAUACAUAAUUAUGGAAGAUUGCAAAGAUUUAGUGGAUUUCUUUGACCAACUAGUAGAAACUGUGUGCCAGUUUUCAUUUCAUUUAAGUGAAAACAACUGCCUUAACUUGAAUUCCGCUUUUCCUCACCAUCCGUUUGAAUCCAAUCGGCUUGAAUUUACAGAAGAAGCAAAACGGAGAAUCAACAACUUGUUUGAAAAGCAAAUAAAAGCAAAUGUUUCGUCCUCGAUAUUUCAAUGGCCGAAUCCGUCUGCUUACGACACCUGGAUCUUCCCUUUCGUCCAGAUGGGGCAGCUAAACAUUUACAUGGAUAACAUCUUGACGCGCGAGAUUCUAGAAAACGUACCGGCAAACGCCGAAUUAUGUCUAGCAACCGGGUACUUCAACCUGACUCAGGACUAUAUGGAUAGUUUGCUAGAAGCGUCCCAGCCAAAUGUUCACAUUCUCAUGGCACAUCCUCUGGCCAAUGGUUUUUUCGGGGCGAAAGGAUUCGCAGGUGGAAUCCCAUCAGGUUAUACUCUACUGGCUUACCAAUUUUAUCGACGAGUGGUUGAUCGAGCGCUGGAAGCUCGCAUUCGAUUGUGGGAAUAUCAACGACAGAAUUGGACUUUCCAUGCAAAGGGCUUGUGGAUCUCUUUUAAUCGAGGAGAUCCUCGACCCUCUUUCACUCUAGUAGGAUCUCCUAACUUUGGAUAUCGUUCUGUUUAUCGAGACUUGGAAGCGCAAUUGGCAGUAGUGACCAUCAAUCCUACCCUACGGGAUCAGCUUCAUCGAGAACGGAGAAAUCUCUUUCAGCAAGGCGACCUGGUCAACGGUACGACUUUUGAUCACCCGGAUAGAAAGAUACCCUUGUGGGUUCGCUUCGUCAUCAAAGUUUUUCGGAGAUUCUUCUAGUAAACAAACAAACAACAGCAAAGUAAUCUUAAGACGUUGUUGUUGUUGCACUCCCGGUGAUCCGAUCCAUUUGUUUGUUUUUGACCUCCGUGAAUAACGAUGGAGUGAGAAAUAGAAAUGCAAUUCUCUUUA